CUUGAGUCACCACCAUUCGUUGACACUUCCGUACUAAUACAACUAUGGCAUUUAAUGCCAAAAAUCUUCAUUACGACAAGCAAGAGCCUGCAUUUCUCCGACGGCUCAAAGGUCAAUUUGGAGGAGAUGACGGCAGACACAAUGUGCAAAUAGCGCGACCAAAGAGAGAUAGACUAAAGACUGCAGAUGAUGACGACGAUCCCUUGAUUGUGGAUGAACAAGGAGAGACAGUGGCAAAGGAAGAGUACGAAAGAAGAUUGAAAGGAGAGGACGUUGAUCCCACCGCUGAGGCCGACGGUGAAGCUUCCAAGAAGGCACCAGAUUCUCAAACAGAACAGGACGCUGGUCAAGCUGAGAGGCAAAAGGUGACUGGGAUUGGCGACUCCAAAGCCAAAAAGAGAAAGGUUGGCAAGGUUGUGGGAGGGGAUGGGCAGGAUGAGGUUUCUGGGCCGUCAAGUGUCAAGGAACAGGAUGCGGGUGCAGAGAAGGGUGUUGCGUCCAGCAAGGAGGCUGAGAAGGUAAAGGGUCAGGAUGCGCCUGUCACCAAGAAGAAGAAGGCGAAGAAGAUCAAACUCUCGUUUGAUGAGCCUGACGAUUGAGGAUGAUUUGGCAUUGGCUUUUCUAUGCUUGGGAAAUUCUAAAGAGUCUCGAACGACGCUAUUUGCGGCAAAAUCAAAUGUCGACACAUGGCCAUGCACUGAAACAUAAGGGCAUUACAUCUCUUGCAAUCAGCUCAUUUCACGCAUGAUACGAGCAACCUCACGGCGAGCGAAUUUCUCUCUCUCGGAGGGCGACAUUUCCGAACCCGCUUCACGAAUGGCCACCACUCUCUCCAUCAGAGCCGGAAACUGGUCGACUUGAUCCUCCUGAUCAUCCUGCAACUCGCCUGUCUGGCCUGCUUCAUCACUAGCAUCGGUCAUCGAGAGCUUCAACUCCAUCAUCUCUCGCUGCAACUCAGCAUCCAGUCCAGCCAUUCGACCCGCACCAGGCACUUUUGUGAGAUUGAACGAAUCAAGACCUGAAUCCGAAUCGCCAUCACCGUUGGCAAAAUCGAUCUCUCCAUCGUCAUCUCCAUCGCCAAGAUUAGGCGAAGCGGACCAAUCGACACCUUCGAGCACCUCAAUCACACGCGCUAUUCCUGUCCUCUCUCCAUAUUCAUUACGGGGCGCAUCCUUCUCAUGGAUCUUCUCAAGAUCAGACUCUGCAUUCCAUGAGACAAAGUCCCACCCCAAAAUCCCUCGGU